CGCUGCCUGCACCGGAUCCAUCAGGCGCUGCAGCACUACCGGGACCUGCUGGGCUCCGACAUCUUCCGCGAGCAGCCCCAGCCGCAGCUGGAGACCACCAUGGAGGAGCUGCUGCAGCACGUCCAGGAGGGGCGCGGUCGCCCUCCCCGGCCCCCCAUGGUCGCCACCGAGGUUUGGGCGCAGCAGUUGCAGCGGCACCUGGCCCUGAAGCGGCUCCGCUCCUUCGCCGCCGUCAUGAGCAGAGUGUUCAACCACAGCGCCCGCUGAGCACGGGGGGACCGGGGGGACCGGAUCCGGACCGGAGAGGCUUCGGACCGGACAGGCUGGGGAC